UCUGGCAGCUGUGUAUAUCACAGGGAACACAGGGACCAUUCUGCUGCUCUGCAAAGCUGCUUCACUGAAUUGUCAGAGAUACUUGGAGGGGGAAAAGCAAAGUGAAACACAGCCCAUGAUUUUUUGUUUCUGCCAAGCUCUGAAAACUCUUGGCAAACAGAAACGUGAUGGAUUAAGGACUGUGUGGAGAACCAGGAAAGCAGAUUUUAGAGGAUAAAUUGCAGAUUGAAGAAGAACAGUGCCCAAAAGGAAUUAUUCACUAAGAUUUCUUCCUUGGUGCAGAGAGAAAGAGUUUGGGCAUCUCUGAUAUUUCAGCCUCUGAAUCAGCACCUCUGAGGGGAACAUAUGGGAUUUAAGGACAGCCUACAGGGAGCCUCUGAGGUGAAGCUGAUGUGUCCCCAGCACAGGCAGAAGGACCCAUUUAUCAAUCCUUUUCUCUAAUUUGCAACCAUGGGGCAGAUUUUGAAAAGGCAAGUGUGUGUGUUCCCUCCUGCAACCACUGGCUUUAGCAGCUGAGCUGGCAGAAGGCGCUGACAAGAGUGGCUGGACCAGGGUUCAGCUGCCCCAGCCAUGAGACAGCACACCUGGUUCCCCUUGCAGUACAUGCCCAAGCCCUUCUGGAGAGCAGAGAACCACAACACCACCAGCUUCUUCUCUGCACUGUACGGCUUCCCCAACCAGUCCUUCUUCCACAGUGACUUGAACCUGGAGGACCUGGGGGACUUUGACAGCGGAGCCAAGUACGAGGGCGAGUCGCAGAGCCGGACAGUGCAGGCGCUGCUGAUCGUCGCCUACUCUGUGAUCAUCUGCAUCUCCCUCUUUGGCAACACCCUGGUGUGCCACGUGGUCAUCAAGAACAAGAGGAUGCACUCUGCCACCAACCUCUUCAUCGUCAACCUGGCUGUUGCUGAUGUGAUGAUCACCACCCUGAACACCCCCUUCACACUGGUGAGGUUUGUGAGCAGCACCUGGGUGUUUGGAAAGCUGAUGUGUCACAUCAGCCGGUUUGUUCAGUACUGCUCUGUCCACGUGUCUGUGCUCACCCUCGCUGCCAUCGCACUGGACCGGCACCAGGUGAUCAUGCACCCUCUCAAGCCACGUAUGUCCACGGUGAAAGGAGGGAUUUGCAUCAUCAUCAUCUGGGUCAUGGCCAGCUGCUUCUCAUUGCCCCACGCCAUUUAUCAGACUCUGACAAGGUUUUAUAUUGGAAACAGAACCAUCCGAAUGGUCUGCCUCCCCAGCUUCCCUCCUCCUGCUGAUCUUUUCUGGAAGUACCUGGACCUGACUACAUUUGUUCUCUUGUACGUUCUGCCCUUGCUUGUGAUCUCCAUCACCUACACCAUAGUGGCCAAAAAGCUCUGGCUGAGGAACGCCAUCGGGGACCUCACCAUGGAGCAAUACUAUGCCCACCAGAGGAAGAAGAAGAUGACGCUGAAGAUGCUGAUGGUGGUGGUGGUUGUGUUUGCCGUGUGCUGGUUCCCCCUCAACUGCUACGUAGUGCUGCUCUCCUGCAGGGCCAUCCACAGCAGCAACGCUCUGUACUUUGCUUUCCACUGGUUUGCCAUGAGCAGCACCUGCUACAACCCCUUCAUCUACUGCUGGCUGAACGAGAGCUUCCGCACGGAGCUGCGCUGCCUGGCCUGAGAACUGCCCCUGCAAGAGGAGCAGCACGUGCCAGAAGGCACAGGCACCCUCCCAGAGGAACUCCGCGAGGAUGGACAUAUCCAGCGUGCAGCCGAUCGUGGCGGAAAGCUGACAGAGGAACUCUGCAAGGACGGACAUAUCCAGCGUGCAGCCGAUCGUGGCGGAAAGCUGAACCUUUCAUCCGACAGCUGGGCAGCAUCACACAGAGAUUGCAAAAUCAUGGGGAAAUGGGGUGGGAAAGGGCUCUGGAGACCAUCAACUCAACCAACAGCAUGCAAACUUCAGCCUUUGACUGGGUCAUUCAGGACCUUGUUCUCUCAGGUAUCACAAUUCGCUAGGGAUGAAUUGCCCACUUGUGCGCUCCAGAACGAGGGGUGUUGAGUGAAUUUUUCAUUGGAACAGUCAGCAAAAAUGAAAAUAAUUAUUUAACAGCACACAAAGCUUUUCAUGGUCUAAGCAAACACGGGGAAGCUACACUGGUUAUACACACACCAGCUACACACUGUGGCUUUAUGUAAACUGUUAGGGCUUUAACUUUGUGAAUUGACAUUUCUUUGGCAUAAAAUCUGAAUUAUUUUCACUUUCAAUAGUAUUUUAUUUUUUACUAGUCCUCAAGAGCUGUGUUCUUUGUGGCUUCUGUGCCAGCCUGGCAGCCCUUUUCCCUCUGGGUCAGCCUGUCCCUCUGUCCUGUAGUUAUCCUGUGGGCAGCAGCAGCAGCAGCCUUUAAGAAGCUAUGGAACUGGGGGUUCUGCCUUUGUCUGAGAUGGAACCAGCAAACCAGACCUGCAGGUUUUCAACCCAAAAGGCAGGAGAUGGAAGAAGUUUAACCUGUAACAUGUAAACAGUAAUGUAUUCCCUGCUCAGUUAAACUGAGCAUCUGACAAUGUGCCACAGCAUUCGCCUCAAUCACAGAUCCUUGUGUUCCAGCUCCAUCGCCAGUGGCAGGGUGCACUGAUGCUGGUCCUGGUCCAAACACUGCCUCUGGAAUUCAAGAGAUAGCUGGGAUUCCUGGGGGUGUGUGUGCCUGACAGCUGGCACCAGCAGCUGCUGCUCUGGGGGCUCACAGUGGAGCCAGACACCACAUUUAGAGCUGGGUUUGGGUCACUAGAAAGAGAUGAGAGCCAGCUUCAGCUAUGAAAAGCCACCUAAGUUUGUGUUCUCCUCUUUCUCAGAAAGAAUAACCAGUUUCUUUGUGUCCAUUCUGCACUGGCUCAGCCCUUGUGCUGGUAAAAGGUUGAUCUUCAAAAGACAGUGAAAAGGAAAUGAGCUUCAGUCUUCCCAUGCAAAAUACUCUAAAUUACACCUCUUUAGCUGAGCAUUUCCACCCAGACUGGCAGCAUGUCACAGCUGCAGGCCUGCGUGAAAGGCUGCUUCAAUUUGGAAAUCAAGACGCUUUGAUGGGUACAAAACUGUGUGACCUGAGAAUGUAUUUGUAUUUCAAAAAGAAAUUGUGAAGGGGAGGAAAGAGUAAGAGUAACACUAACCUUGCUUUUUCCUAAGUUAUUGUGGGAAGGAGGAGGACAACUACAGCUGGGACAGGGACCUGGCAUGGCUUGGGACACUGCAAAUCCCAGUGGCACUGACAGUGCUAAGGCUUCAGGUCUGUGCUCCCAUCUGAGGCACAGUGAUUUCUUUUUGAGGAUUUGCUAUGGGGAGGAAAUGGAAUUAGAAACAUCUCCUCAGAGAGCAAAUACUCAGGGCUCAGGUAUUGGCUCUGACCAGGUGAAUCUUUGAUUUGGUUCCACUGGAGUGGAGUCCUGCCUGGAGCUGGCGCCACAGAGGCAGUACCAAAACCUUUAAUUCUGUGGUACAAGUAAAUUACAUCAUUAACCAGAUAUCACUCCUAACUGUGUGUUUUACUGUCUGGAAAACUGGGAAUCCAUGACUCUGCAAAUGGCAUUUUCCUACUAUUACUGUCUGGAAGUUUCUAUAAACAAGAUGUCUCUUCUUAAAAAAACGAACUAAUCACAAAUGCAAACAAACAUUGUUACUGUAACUUAGUAAAACUUAUUCAAAUGCUCUUCUCUUUACAUAGAAAAAAAAUCAAUGAAAAUAAAUAAUGCAGUUUGCAUGUAUAUCCCAACCCACUCCCAGAGAACUGUCAAACUCCUUAUUCUGGGCUAAAUAAAUCUGUAAAUAAAUAAAUAAUUAAUUAAUAAAUAGUAAAUAAAAAAUCUGAAUAAACAAUAAAA